GUUUACCCUCUCUUCCAAUAAAUAGUGAAAAAAAUACAAUUGACCCACUUACUCUAUCUUUCUCACUCCCUCGCCCUAUCAUCUUUCUCUCCUUAUCUCUUUGCCUUCUUCUUCAUCUCUCAUCUCCUUUUGACUCAUAUUUUCUUUCUCUUUUAGAUCCAAUCUUUCUCUCUCUACCCGUUACUCAGAUCUUAAACUCUUUUCUUCCUUAGAUCAACUAACAAUGGAGCAAGAAUCUCCAGCACCCAAAUCUCAGUUUAAAAAACCCACCUCAAAUAACCAAUCCUUUUCUUCUAUCUCUACAAAUUUCCCUGAAGAAGUACUUGAGCAUGUACUAUCCUUCAUUGAGUCACAUUCAGACCUUAACUCGGUCUCACUCGUUUGCAAAUCAUGGUAUGAGAUUGAAAGGUGGUGUCGUCGUGGGAUCUUUAUUGGGAAUUGCUAUGCUGUUAGCCCUCCGAUUGUAAUCAGACGCUUUAAAGAUCUCCGAUCUGUUACUAUUAAAGGAAAACCUCAUUUUGCUGAUUUUAAUCUUGUUCCUGAAGGUUGGGGGGCAUAUGCUUACCCAUGGAUUGAGGCAUUUUGUGAAGCUUUUCCUGCCUUGGAAGAGCUUAGAAUGAAAAGAAUGGUGGUUACUGAUGAAGGGCUUGAGUUGAUUGGGAAUAAAUUGAGAAAUUUUAAGGUUUUAGUUUUGUGUUCUUGUGAAGGUUUUACUACUGAUGGGUUAGCUUUUAUUGCUGCUAAUUGCAGGAAUUUGAGAACUCUCGACUUGUGUGAGAGCGAAGUUGAAGGCAGUGGGGAAUGGAUACGCUUUUUUCCCGAUUCUUACACAUCACUAGAAUCUCUUAAUGUUGCCUGUCUUACCACAGAGCCAUGGUUUAAUCAUCUUGAGGGUUUAGUCAGCAGAUGCACUAACCUUAAAUCACUCCGGCUCAACCGUACAGUGUCUUUAGAGAGGUUUACGACUCUUCUCGAAAAGGCACCGCAGUUGGUUGAUAUCGGCACAGGCUCAUUUUCGACUGAGACCAGCGCCGAAGCGUAUGAGAAGCUCACAAAGGCGUUUGUGGGAUGCAAAGGGCUCAAGGGUCUUUCUGGUCUCUAUGACGUCGUCCCUAAUUAUCUUCCUGCCUUGUAUCCUGUCUGCUCGGGGCUGACGUCUUUGAACCUGAGUUAUGCUGCCAUUCACUCCCCCGAUCUCAUCAAACUUCUUGGUCUCUGUCAGAAUCUGCAGCGUCUUUGGGUCCUUGAUUACAUAGAAGACAGUGGGCUUGAAGUGCUUGCGGAAUCAUGCAAGGAUCUCAAGGAGCUACGGGUUUUCCCUUCCGAGCCUUAUGCCGAGGAACCAAAUGUUUGCUUAACUGAACAAGGUCUGGUAUCCGUCGCUAUGGGGUGUCCUAAAUUGCAGUCCGUCCUCUACUUUUGCCGUCAAAUGACCAACGAAGCAUUAUUCACCAUAGCGAAAAAUCGCCCCAAUCUAACCCGCUUCCGUCUAUGCAUCAUUGAGCCUCAGUGUCCCGAUUACCUAACAAGAAAACCUCUUGACGAGGGUUUCGGGGCGAUUGCCGAACAUUGUAAGAACCUCUGUCGCCUUUCGUUAUCAGGUCUCCUCACCGACUAUGUUUUCAAGCUCAUAGGGACCCAUGCCAAAAAACUCGAGAUGCUUUCCUUGGCAUUUGCCGGAGAUAGUGAUUCAGGUUUGGACCAUCUUUUAUCAGGGUGCAAGAACCUGAGGAAGCUCGAGAUAAGGGAUUGCCCGUUUGGUGGUAAGGCACUCGUGGUAAACGCAGCCAAGUUGAUGACAAUGCGAUCCCUUUGGAUGUCUUCGUGUCAAGUGAGCUAUGGCGAGUGUAAAUUACUUGGCAAGAAGAUGCCGAGGUUGAACGUAGAGGUCAUGAAUGAACGGGAGAACCCUGAUUCAAGGUCCGAUGACUGUUCGGUUGAGAAGCUUUACAUCUACCGAUCAGUUGUUGGACCAAGGUCAGAUUCUCCCGACUUCGUUUGGACUAUGAACGAAGAAAAUCUGGCUUCGGACGUAAGUUUAUCACAUUAAGCAGUCCUUGAUUGUCAAUAAAAGGCGAUCAAGGAUUCGGAAGGCUAGGAUGACCGGCUGUUUUAGUGCCGGUUGGACAGUGAAGGAUUAUUUAACGAUGUAUGUCUAUUUUUUAUGUAUCAUUAUGAUAAUGUAGCCAGGAUUGGUAGUUAGUAAAAGAAAGGACACCUUUUAAACAUGUAUGGACACUGUAUUAGGGUUCCUGAUGUUCACAUUAAUUUAUUUCCUAUGAUAAUAAUUCAAAUCUUCAAUAACUAGUGCAAAAUGCAAAUUAAUCCAAUUCUUUUUGUAUUUUUCUAA